UGCGUGUCAAACGUCAGAAACAAAAAUAAGCAGCCACUGCUGUCUACAAUUUGUUAUUAUAAACACGCAAUAAUACUUUUCCGUUCAUUCACUUCGAUUGCACUUGAGUUCGAUGAUAAAUAUCACAAAAGCUCAAAUGUGGUAAAACAUCAAGAGAAAAUCGCUUCUGGCGAUCAUUUUGAUCAGCUUGCUGUGCUUGAAAUUCAACCAAAUCCGUCAGUGUAGCUGGUUUACAUUCGAACGGAAAUGGCGGCUUUGCCACCGCGUAAAAAUCCUACGCCAACCAAAAUCUCGAAGCAGCACCUUACUCCGCUUCAAAUACUGCUUCAGAUGGGAUUUCCUAAACAUCGGGCCGAAAAAGCUCUAGCGGCCACUGGAAAUCGCGGAGUGCAACUGGCAUCUGAUUGGUUGUUAGCGCAUGUUAACGAUCCCUCGUUGGAUGAAUGCUCUCCCAGGGAAUAUAUUCUAUAUGCAUGUCCCACCGGACCGUUUCUGCAACAGCUGCAAAGCUUCUGGGCACAGACACGGGAGCUAUGCGGAUGGAAUGGAGCGCACAACUUUACACCUCACAUAACACUGGUGUCGUUCUUCAAGGCACCGGACGAAUGUGCACCUCAACUGUCAAAAGCGUUAAAAGAACUAAUGACCUUACCUGGUGCUCAUAUCAACAGGCCAAUUGCAUUGGAACUGUACACCAGUCCGAAUUUUCUGGGGUUUUUCGUAGUUGAAGAUGAUGCCAACUAUCUGAAACGUUUGGCGCUUCAAUACGUGAAGGAAGUGUCUCAUUCAAUAAUUAGCGACACCUAUGAGCAGUUAGACGCGCUAGUUACCUGUUUCCCAUGGUGCGGGGGAGUAACAUCAGCCCGUUGUAUACCGCGUAGCAGCCGAUCAAUUUCGUUGGAACCACAUGUAAAAUCGUUACAUCUGACACUCGCAUACCAGUUUCCACCUAACCAGUUCAACGCGUUAAAGCAGCUGGUAGAAAGUUUCGACACAUCAUUCGCCAGUGCCAAUUGGGAACUACGGCUGUAUUCACGUGAUUCCAGAUUAUCAACAAAGCAGGUACAUAAAGUUCUCUAUCCGCACACUCCCCGGGAACCGGAUGAGUUGGAGUUACGCAUCGGAGACUACAUCUAUCUCAGCCCGGAAGCUAUCCAGAGCUCUAGUGAUGGAUGGGUAGAAGGAAUAUCCUGGCUCACUGGUACUAAUGGUUACCUACCGGAAAAUUACACCGAAAGAACGGCCGAAUCUGACGCGUGGACAAUGCAUCGUACUGUGCCGCUAUGUGACGUUUCACCGGAUAUCGAUCUAGGAUCCGAUAUAGUCGAUGGACUACGGUUCGGUCAACAAACCGCGCCGCCUAAUCGAACGGAAAUGACCGAACAUGAUAUUGAAUCACAAGAAACUGUUUCAGUCGCACCGAGCGAAUUACCGCAGCUCAGCGGAACGCAUCAAGAUGGUGUCACGCAACAAAAGGAAGAUGGAGUAGCACCAGAGAAAAUAUAUCCAAUGUCAAUUGUUUCGACAGGAAGCAAUUCGAAUCAAGCUAAUGAAAUUGAAGAGAUUCGACCGAGUCAGGAAGAUGCAUCUGGACGACGUAUUUAUGUACUUCGUCACGGAGAACGUGUUGAUUUCACCUUUGGAACUUGGAUCCCUUAUUGUUUCGAUGAUACCGGAAACUAUAUAAGAAAAGAUUUAAAUAUGCCAAAGUCAUUACCUCAGAGGAAAAGUUGCCUUUGGCAACGAGACUCUCCAUUGACGAAUAUGGGACGAUACCAAGGCCGCCUAACGGGAGAAGCCAUGAAGGAUGCCGGAGUUCGAAUCGAUCAUGUGUAUAGUUCACCUUCGUUCCGAUGUAUUCAAACAACCACUUCAAUCCUAGAAGGACUUGGGUUGAAGGACAGCCAUCCAAUCCAUGUGGAACCCGGACUGUUUGAGUGGUUAGCUUGGUAUCAGGAUGGUGUUCCUGAGUGGAUGUCAAAUAAGGAACUGAUCGCUGCCGACUACAACAUUGCGACGAACUAUGAUCCACUCUCCAAAAUUGAAGACCUAAAAGAGCAACUGCUGGAAAAUUUAGAAGAAUUUUAUCACAGGAAUUCGGCGGUAACUGAACAUUUAAUUGAAAAUACAAGUGGCAACAUUUUAAUUGUCGGUCAUGCAACCACUUUGGAUACUUGCACACGCCAUAUCGUGGGCGAAAAACUACGUUCGACAAACGAUAUGAGCAGGAUCAUGCAAAAAGUUCCUUAUUGCAGUAUGGCUGUGAUCGAGUCGGAAAAUGGUGACGAUGGCUGGAAGUUGGUUGAGCCUCCUUGCGAUCCUAUCACCCACACCAAUAACCACCGGUUCGAUUGGAAAAUUUUGCUUUGAAGCCGCAAAAUUCUACACGCUUCAUUACGCCCAUGACAACUAAUCGAUCAGUAAAUAAUAGAAAGCAGACGUAAAAUAUUGUUAAACUUUUCAUGCCACUUUUCUCACUUUCAAAUGCCUGAGCUAGGACUUGUUUCAACGAACGGUCCGGGAAACUCAAAUCGCUGUUAACGUAAUUAUAUUCAUAUUAUUUAUAGUAAUGGAAUACUCAUAAAUGACUUAUACAUAUUAUAUAGACAAAGCUUUACAAUGUACGUUUAAUACAUUUUUAGCGUAUUUUGCACCAUUGUCGCUUAGUAACUUAAACAUUAACUCUAGCAAUACCAGAACAAUAAGUAUAUGAAAUUUGGUGAUAUAAAUGUUGAAACUCCUAAAGAGACAUUAUGGACACUAUCUUUAGUGUUAAGGUUUUAAUUCAUACAUAAUAAAUUAUUCACUCAAGAUAACCUAAUCAUUCACGCAUUUUAAUUUUUCAUAGUUUUAUGAGCUAUGAAACUAAUGGUUUCAAUUCCAGUUCAUGUUCAUUAUUCAUUAGUUCAUUAUUUUCUGCUUUUAGUUUUUCGAUCAAUCGGUGAAUUGUUUGUUAAACAUCAACGUUUUCAAUUUUUUGUUCGUCCCCUUAACUGACACUAUACCACAGACUAACAGACAGGACACUCAAAUUAGAUUCUUCAAUCAUUUUAACAGUCAUUUCGAAUAUUCCUUUAUCUGGGACAGUACUCACAUGUGUCAUGAUGGCGCCACGUUACCCUAUCAAAAACAUCCUGUCUGUCAUCUAGACUGUGUUUAUUUUUUCAUUUACCAACAGAGUUGCCAUUCAUACAGAAUUUCCUAUAAUGUAUUGAUUUGUUUACGUCCAUGCGAAUUUCAUGCAGGAUACAGAUUUAAUACAUAUUGCCAAAACUAUAUACAUAAUUGUGCCUACUUCUCAUCCUCCAACGGAAUACAAAAUCGAACGCGUUUUGUUACAAUAUUUACUUGCUUCUGGUCUGCCGCCACUUAAUUUCGGGUGAAAACUACCAACACAAUAAAAAAAUAGUUUUGAUGAACAACGUUGAGUCAAAUAAAUGGUUAUCUUCGCAAAAAAGUUAAAUGUAUGAUCAACGUAAUCCAAUAAUUUAUUGUGUUGAUUCAUUCUCAAAUAUGUUGAUAAAAUCAGGCAUCCCUGCAAGCAGCUGAUCGGUGUUGACAAACGAGGGGAAACCAACUAGUAAAAAAACUUGUACAUAACACAAGGGGUGUACAGAUAAUAAAUAGUUCGCGCAGUACAAUAUAGGUGGAACUAGUGCAUCACGAAAAAUUAUUUUUAAAAGAAUUUACUCAUACUGUCAUGUCUGUUAGUCUGUGACUAUACAGGGUGCGCCAUCUGAAUAUGUCCUAAUAAACGUUGAAUUACUCCGCCAUUUUCAACCGAUUUGACAGAUAAACACAAUUCUGACAAGUUCAAAGUAAGUUCCCAGGACGCGAUGUCUAAAAGAAGAAAGGUGAUUGGGGGUGGCCUCUUUGUUCUCCGGAUUUUGACGGCACCAGACAUUCUGUGUGGUUAACUGGUUACAUAAAAAAAAAAUAAUACAGGGUUGUGUACAAGGCACAAAUCGCUUAGGUUUAUAAGAAAUAAAAUUGAUACGGUUCAUUUAAACUAUAAACUUUGUUGUAUCACAAAUAAGAUCAUAGAUGAAAUGAAUUCAAGCAGAAUCGUAUCAACAUAGAUAUUGCCAAUGAAAUAAACUCUACUUU